AUGACACUCAAACGGCGUCCAGCUAAUCGCAAGGGGCCUCGCUCCGCGGAGCACCGUAAGAUUAGAAGUCCGUGUCUGCUGGACCCGAAGUCCACGUGUACGGAUACCGUGUUACCGUCAACUUUCGAGCUGCCAACGAUACCCAACAGGUCCCCAACAGAUGUGGAGAGAUCAAACGCGUUGGAACAGAAGAGAACGGAAACUAAAGGAGAAGUAGCAGACUCAUUAUCUUCUGCUUCUGCUGUGAGUGAUGCAUCCAUCAACGCAGUCGCGUCCCACUUGAAGAUUCCCGCAAAUAGCAGUGACCCGUCGUUUGGAUUGACGACUUCGUCCUUAUUGAAUGGGGAACCCACGUUCCUGUCGCCACAAAAAUUGUGUGAGCUGCAAGAGAAGCAGGUCAGUUCUAUGGUGCCUUUUGGUGAGGAUCAGGACGAGAAAAAAGUGAACACUCGCGAGCCGGCGCGUCGAGGCCGGCGUAAACGCCGUCCAGUGGAUGUGCUGCAUCCGUCGGAGAAGCCAUUCAGCCACAAGUCCUCGUAUAUGCAGAGAAAUGUUAAAUCCAAGGUACAAGCUCUGCGCAGAGCUCGUCCCGCACCUUCUCGUGUCGAGGCUGCCGUAGAGAAGAAGGAGAAGACACGGAAGCAGAUUGCUGCUAAGAAGACGGACAGAAGUACUGCUAGCACAAGCAAGUGGACAACCACUGGGGACUUAUCGCCUGUCCAAGAUGAAAAGAAAAAGACGCCGGAAAAGAAACGGAGCAGCAAGGCGCGGCGCUCAUUGGAAUCUGCGUAUACUUUCGAGUCGCAGACCGAGUACGUAUCGACGUUGAUUAAAGCGCUCUACGAAGAGCAGGAACAGGAUGAUCGAGAGAUGUACAGCAUCACUAGAGACACAGUUGUGACGGAGACAAGCUCCUGCAAGCGAUCUCAAGAGAUUGAGGAUCUUGACAUGGAGGAGUUUCGACGCUUGAUGACAUACGGUGAAGUCUCGAUCGAGUCUGUGGCUACCACGAUUCUGCCGUUGCUGAACUUGGAUGAGGACGAUGUUUUCUUCGACCUCGGAUGCGGCACAGGUAAAAUCUUGGUACAAGCAGCUCUUCAAACACCGUGUAGACGCGCAACAGGCAUCGAACUUAUGCAGAAUCGCGUGCUGGAAGGACAAAGAGCCUUGAAGCGGCUAGAAAGCCGUGACGUUGCUAUACUGCGUGGUAAGCAAGUAGAGAUCUUUCGAGGUGAUAUCUUUGUUCCACCCGAGGAAGCACGUUUGAUGGACGCCACCGUGGUCUUCAUUAAUAAUGUCAUGUUCGGCCCUGCUCUCAUGCUAAAGGUGAUGGAGCUUCUCAAGGAUAUGACCAAGCUGCGGUGCGUGAUUACUCUUCGCAAAAUAUGCGAACGUCACGGAGACUCAAAGUGCACUCGCGCCGGUAACUUUUGCAUCGAGUACGUUCACCCGCCGAUUGAAGCUGAGAUCGAUGUGUCCUGGGCGGACAAGACCUCGGUGUAUCUUUACGAAAGCCUCGAUUACAAGCUUUGCGAGUUGAGACGUCAGCUUUCCAACGGUGCACACUAG